GACCCGCCACUUGAAGCAGAAAAUGACCCGAAUCUAUCAUCAGAAAUGGUUACAACUGAAGAGGGAAAGAAAUCAGUUCCAAAUAUUCCGGAAAAAAUUGAUGAAAAUCAAGGAGCUCAAGAAAGAGUUAAAUCUGAAGUUCCCCCAAACGAGAACAAAGUUGUAGCAACUAAUGGACCAAUAGGAGAAAAGCCAAGAAACGAGGAUUCAGAUUUCGAAAGGCUUCAAGAAGAUUUUGUUCUUAAACUGGUUGUAGACGAAGAAUUGCCUAAGCCAAGUAUGAAUAGCUUGGAAAUGGGAAGUAUACAUCCGCCUCCAAAUUUAGCUGUGCCACAAAUGCCCGACAAAUGGUUUUAUCAGGAUCCUCAGGGUCAGAUGCAAGGUCCGUUCUCGAACAUGGAAAUGGCUGAAUGGUUCAAAGCUGGCUAUUUCAGCAACCAGCUAAAAGUUCGACGACACUGUGACGAACGAUUCUUUUUGUUAGGCGAACUGAUAACGAUAUGUGGGGGCGUAAACCCCUUCCAAACAGGUAUUCGCUUUCCUAUUCUCAAAAACGACAUCACGAAAAUGCCAGAUCCGGAUAUCCAGUUCCAGUACUUGUCUCAAAUGGCGGCAUAUAAACAGGCACAGGCGAGAGUUCUGGCGGAGCCCUGGAGCGCCAUUACCUUGCAACAACAGGAACUUGCUACACAAAGACUGAUUAUGCAACAACAGCAAGUUUCCCCAGAUCUCCAAUACUUGCAACAUUCACAGGCGGCCAAUCCACUGAUGCACAUGAUAAAUCAAAUGCAGCAAGCAAACAAACUUCCGGCGACAGGAUUGGUCGACAAGCCGCCUCAAAACAUACCAGGAAGUCUAGACCCUAGUAUACAGUUACAUAUGAGUAAUAUUCUCUCUCUACAAAAUCGUAUCCCGACAGCAGCAUUGACUAACAAUCUACCGGCAGGCUUAACGAGUCAUUCCGUUCCGUUACCGCCUGGAACCUUAUCGUCAGGCCUACAAACAGUACCUCCGCUCAACACUAGCACUUUGCCUCUGUCGGGGAUUCAAAGCAAUAUACCUGUCAGUAUUGGAGGAAGUAUUAAUAUUCCUAGGCAUACCCCGCACGGACCUGUUGAUCAGAUCAGUUCCGGCCCAAGUAAUGACCCUAUUAGUAGUCUGCUGAAACAACUUCAGCAGCAGUCGCAGCAUUCACAACAGGUGGAAUCUUUAUGGCAACCGAAUUCAUUCCCCUCGAAUACGCCUCCUCAAUGGCAGCCCCAAAAUGAAAUUCCUGUGUCCAUGUGGGAUAUCCCCCAAACAGAAAAAACACCCCAGAUUCCUUCUCCAACAGAAAAAGUUCAACAACCUCCUCCUCAGCCUAAACGUACUAAAGUUGAGAAGGAAAAGGAACAAGCUAUAAAAGAUGAAAUAUCUGCAAGAGAAUUGAAAAAAAAGAAAGAACAGGAAGAGAAGCAGGCAAAGAAAGAGGCCGAGGAGAAGAGAAAGCAGGAGCAAAAAAAACUGGAAGCAGAAAAAAAGGCGGCAGAAGACAGGAGAAAAAAAGAGGAGGAAAGGAUAAAAAGAGAACUGGAGAAAGCUAAAAAGGAAGCAGAAGAGAAGAGAUUGAGGGAGUUGGAGGAGAAACGUAGACUUAAGGAACAAAGGAAAGCAGAGGAGGAUGCCAAAAAGAAAAUGGAGGAACAGAAGAAGUUGGAAGAUGACAGAUUGAGGGAAGAAAUGAAGGAACAAGAAAGACGGCGACAAGAGGAGGAAAAGAGGUUGCAAGCCGAAGAAAGGCGAAUGCAAGCCGAACAAAUUCGAUUGGCAAAGGCAGCUCCAUGGUCUCAAUCGAACCUUAACCUUGGUAUGAGUCUUGCAGAGAUUCAGAAAGCGGAAAGGGAAAAGAGGGCUAUCGAUGCUGCCCUGCAGAUGCAGAGGUUGCAGGAGGAAAAGGAAUAUCAGCAAAUCCAGCAGGAGAAAUCUUCUGCCGGAAUACAGCUGAACUGGGCAAAGAAAAGAGUAGAGCCAAGAAAAGUCAAAUCAUUGGCUGAAAUUCAGGCAGAAGAACAGGAGAGAUUGGCUAAGCAAGCGGCAGAAUCUCGCCUACAGAAAGAGAAAGAACCAGCUCCAGUUACAAACAAUUCAUCUAGUAUUUGGGGCAAUCAGAAUUUGACGUGGGCUAGUACUCAGCCUAAUACCCAGUGGUCAUCUAAUUCUGGUGGAUUCUGGGAUGAUACAUCUAACCGCCAGACAGCAAACAAACCGUCCACUGUAUCCAAAAGUAACUCUACCAAUACUUUAAGUACAGUUAAACAACAAUCACAAACACAAAAACAACCAACUAAGAGUAACAAGGCGAAAAAGGAAGAGGCGAAAGCAAAUCACAACAAUAACAAUAAUGGACCACCAAUGGAUGAAUUUACCGACUGGUGCCAUAAAACCUUAUCCCAUAUAUCGACUAAUGUAGACAUACCUACUUUUGUUACUUUUCUACGUGAUAUUGAAUCGGCUUUUGAUGUUAGAGAGUACUGUAAGCUUUAUUUAGGCGAAAGCAAUGCCACCCAUCAAUUUGCUGGUAAUUUUUUGGAAAAGAGGCGAUCUUUCAAACCCAAAAAUAAUGCUCACAAAGACGACAUGUGUUCUCCCGCUCCAGCUAUUACCCCCUCCUUGCAACAUAGUACUGAAUUCCAAGAGGUCAAGGGCAAAAACAAGAAAAUAAAAAAAUCGAAAAUGUUGAAGGUGGAUGCCCGAAUUUUAGGCUUUAAUGUAACUUCUGCCCCUGACCGACUUAACGUGGGUGAUAGAGACUAUGGUGAUAAUUCUUAAAAAUAGUUUUAUGUAACAGAUUGUUAUUGAUUGUACCUAAUUAUAUAUUAUAUAUAUUAUAUGAUUUUUAAGACAUUUUUUUCGGUUUGCUUAUUUAUGUGUAAUACACUAUUUGUUUUACGAUUUUACCAAUUUUACUGUUUAAAUAUUAGUUUUACAUAAAAAGAA